AGUUUUCAAACGCAGAAAGAUUCAUCUAUUCAAAGAGUUUCUAAAUUAGCACCUUUUCUUCUUGGUGUCUAUACAGCCUUGUGUAUUUAUCAGUGUCUAAGCUUGAAUUAUCUUUUGAUUCUAGCCUCUGCAAACUAGCUAGUGAUAUAUUUUCAAAGUAAACAUCUGUAUUCUUCCUCCAUCUUUAAGGGUUUGAUUUCUGUGGAGACGAUUUGCUGCAUUAGUAGUAAAAUGUGCUAUAAAUAAAUUAAAUUUGAAUUGAUUUAAAUAAGACAGCAUGGAAAUUUGACAGUACAGAAAGAAAGAGACUUUGUACCUUUUCCUUUUCCAGUGACCUGACCCACACAAACUCACACACACUAAACCCUGUCAUGAUUGGUUAGCAGAGUGACCGUGAGCUGAAUAAAUGCCCCACCAGGUCACCUCUUUUGUGUACCAGGCCGAGGCUGUCAAAUAGCCAGGAUGAUCCGCUCACUGGUUCUGCUGCUGUGUGGGCUGUGCUGUGUUCGAAGCCUGGUGAGGAUUCCUCUGACGAAGGCACCGUCUCUGAGGAGCCAUUUGAGAGCCAAAAACCAGCUGGAGGACUUUCUGAAGGAUCACCAGGUGGAUGCAUUUUCACGUCGCUAUGCCCAGUGCUACCCAUCAGCCUUACUGUCCCUCAAGUCGGGCAAAACUGCAGAGAGACUGUACAACUUCAUGGAUGCUCAGUACUUUGGUCAAAUCAGUCUGGGAACGCCAGCACAGAACUUUACAGUGGUGUUUGACACUGGCUCAGCGGACCUGUGGGUGCCCUCCACCUAUUGCGUCAGUCCAGCAUGUGCUUCACACCACAAGUUCAAGGCCAUUGAGUCCAGCACCUACAUUCAUGAUGGUCGAAUCUUUGGCAUCCAUUACGGCUCAGGGCACCUGCUGGGUGUGCUGGCCAAAGACAUGCUGAAGGUGGGCUCAGUGACUGUGCAGAAUCAGGAGUUUGGGGAGUCUGUGUAUGAGCCCGGCAUGUCAUUCGUCAUGACCAAGUUUGAUGGAAUUUUGGGUCUGAGUUACCCUGCACUCGCCGAGGAGCAUGGAGCGCCUGUCUUUGACAAUAUGAUCAAGCAGAACUUGGUGGAGAAGCCCAUUUUCUCCUUCUUUCUCAACAUAGGUCCAGAAAAGGAGGGAGAACUGUUACUGGGAGGUGUGGAUGAAGACCUUUUUGUUCCCCCUAUUAACUGGGUACCGGUCACUGUAAAAGGCUACUGGCAGAUCAAAAUGGAUGUACUGAAGGUUCAAGGGACCUCUGCAUUUUGUCAUGGUGAUACUUCCAGUUGCCAAGCGAUUGUUGACACGGGAACAUCUCUGAUCGCUGGGCCAACUAUGGACAUCCUGAUCCUUCAGCAGCUUAUCGGCGCUACACCAACUCCCGCCGGAGAGUUUCUGGUGGACUGUUCUAGGAUCAAGAGUUUGCCUGUCAUAUCUUUUGUUCUUAAUGGAGUGGAGUAUUCCCUUCCUGGAGAAUCAUACAUUAGAAAAGAUGUAGUGGGUGAUAGAGUUUUAUGCUUGACUGGCUUUGUAGCAGUAGAUAUUGUAUCUCCAAAAGGGCCGCUGUGGAUUCUGGGCGAUGUUUUCCUGUCUCAGGUCUACAGUAUCUAUGACAGGGGUCAGGAUCGGGUGGGCUUUGCUCAACUCAAAGUUCCCUCUAUUGCUUAAAGAUUCUCCAGUGGCUACCAUGCCAAGCUAUGCAUGUCUUCUGUGGGACUGUAGGAGGCAUCACUACUGAUAUGUGCAUAAUUAAAAUCAUACCUGCA